CCAUUCUAAGUCAAUACUUGUGUUUUUGAAGCCCAAAUAUCACUGCUAAAGGCUCAUCCGAGAGAACCAACAGAGGAGUUGCCAUAUAAGCUAUUAAACCUGUCCAUGGGUCGCCCAAUCGGAUCUUGGCUGGAGUGGAGGAAAGGGAAAGUAAAUCCAUUUUCAAGUAGCAUAAGGGCCAGAUUAAGGCCAAAAGCUAUGCCAAUGAAUCUAGUUCAUGAUGUUGAUGGAUUGCACAGAAUUAUACUCACUGAACCAACUGGUUCAUCUGCUGAGGUGCUACUCUAUGGUGGACAAGUUGUUUCAUGGAAGAACGAAAGAAGGGAAGAACUGCUUUUUAUGAGCAGCAAGGCAAAUUGGAAGCCACCUAGAGCCAUCAGGGGAGGUAUACCCAUCUGCUUUCCUCAGUUCGGAAAUCUUGGUUCGCUGGAGCAGCAUGGGUUUGCACGGAACCGAAUGUGGUCACUGGACAGUGAUCCUUCGCCUUUGUCUCCUGCUAACAACCAGUCAUCGGUGGAUCUUAUAUUGAAGUCUACAGAAGAGGAUCUAAAGAUCUGGCCCCGUUGCUUCGAAUUGCGUCUUCGUGUAACUCUCAGUGCUGGCAGGCUGACGUUGAUCCCUCGUGUGAGGAAUACGGAUAACAAGGCCUUCUCUUUCAUGUUCACACUCUGCAACUAUUUUUCUGUCUCUGACAUCAGUGAAGUGCGUGUGGAGGGCUUGGAGACGCUCGAUUAUUUUGACAAUUUGAAUAACAGGCAAAGGUUCACUGAGCAAGCUGAUGCAAUCACUUUUGAUGGCGAGUUUGAAAGAGUAUAUUUGAGCACCCCAACAAAGAUUGCCAUCAUUGACCACGAGAAGAAGAGGACAUUCGAACUGUGGAAGGAUGGGAUGCCGGAUGCAGUUGUAUGGAAUCCAUGGGAUAAAAAGGCUAAGGCUCUGCAAGAUUUGGGGGAUGAGGAUUAUCAAUCCAUGCUAUGUGUAGAUUCUGCUGUUAUAGAAACCCCGAUCAUCUUGAAACCAUUUGAAGAAUGGAAAGGCCGACAAGAGAUCUCCACAGUCUCCUCUAGUUAUUGCAGCGGACAAUUGGAUCCCCGAAAGGUUCUUUACGGCUUUCACUGAUACUCAGGUUCAGAGUAAAUCAAGGUUUUCUCAUGAUUCAAAUAGUUAGUCCUAUUUGCUGUAAAAUAUAAAUGCACUUCUUUGUGUAGUAGUUGCCAAUAUAGGGCAUUUCACAUUGUCUGAGAGGGAUUAUAUAUAUAUAUACUAUAAGUAGAUGGAAAACUUUCUCACUCUUA